UUUGAUGAUUACGUCAAUAAUAAACAAAUUCAUAUCUUAACAAAUGACCCAACCACUACCACUAACACUACCAGAGCACAGAGCGGGACCUCCAUUUUUAAAUCUUUCAUCAGAAUUUCUUUUGUUUCGGUGCCAACUGCCAACUACCUCUCUUGCUUUUCGUUUCAGUAAUCCUAUACAAAAGUUAUCCGUCUCCGUUCUCUGUUUCUUUCUUCUUCUUCUUCUUCUCUUUGCCGGCCUCUUCACCCUGCAACCCACAUUUGUCAGAUCUGUUUCUCCUCUUUCUCCUUUCUAUUCAAAUCUAGGUUUUUUUUUUUUUUUGUUCUUUAAACCCUCUUGCGCUAUCUCCCUCUGUAUUUCCAUUCAUACGCAGGCCUAGCUCUGAUUUGCAUGUUAGGGAACUCAAACCCUAGAUUCGUGCAGCAACAUGCCAAUUGAGUCUUAGAUAUCACUGGCUGAAAUCGGAACUCUCAAAUUAUCCACAAUGCAGAGCUCAGCUAGCUCAGUAGCUCAACCAGAGGCCAUAUUGGACUGGCUUCAGAAAGAGAUGGGCUACAGGCCGUUGGGACCAUACACUGUCUCUACGAACAAAUCCCAGUUGCCCUCCAUUGAUGCGCUUCGUAAGGUUUGCCGUGGAAACAUGAUACCCAUUUGGAGUUUCUUGAUAAAGAGAGUGAAAUCGGAGAAAACUGUGGACAGUAUAAGGAAGAAUAUAAUAGUGCAUGGUGGUGUUGAGAGUGGUGGUUCGGUGAAUUUGGGAAAAGAGGAGGGUCGGAGUAAAGGAGGGAGGAGGAAGGAAAAGGCAGUUGGGGAGAGUUCUAGCUCGGCGGAGAGUCGGGAAGCCGCUUUGCAGGAGAGGGAUUUUGCCGCAAAGGAGGUAGAAAGGUUGAGAAACAUUGUAAGGAGGCAGAGGAAGGAUUUGAGGGCUAGAAUGAUGGAGGUAUCAAGAGAAGAGGCUGAGCGGAAGAGAAUGCUUGAUGAGCGUGCAAAAAACAGGCAUAAGCAGGUGAUGUUGGAAACUUACGAUCAGCAGUGUGAUGAAGCAGCAAAAAUAUUUUUAGAGUAUCAUAGACGUCUUUGUCACUAUAUUAAUCAAGCAAGGGAUGCUCAACGGUCAAGUGUUGACUCAUCCAUUGAAGUAGUUAGUAGCUUCGGUGCGAACACUGAGAAGGAGGCUGUCUAUUCAACAGUUAAGGGCACUAAAUCUGCCGAUGAUGUUAUCCUUAUUGAAACAGCUAGGGAAAGAAAUAUUCGAAAGGCAUGUGAAUCUCUUGCAGUUCAUAUGAUUGAGAGAAUACGCAGCUUUUUUCCAGCUUAUGAAGGAAGUGGCAUUCAUUUGAAUCCUCAAUUAGAAGCGGCCAAGUUGGGCAUUGACUUUGAUGGGGAACUGCCCAAUGAAGUUAGAACCGUCAUUGUGAAUUGCUUGAAGAAUCCUCCUCAAUUACUUCAGGCAAUUACUGCAUAUACUUUACGGCUUAAAACUUUGAUUUCUAGAGAAAUAGAGAAAAUUGAUGUUAGAGCUGAUGCAGAAAUCUUGAGAUACAAGUAUGAGAACAACCAAGUAAUGGAUAUUUCUUCUACUGACGUUAGCUCACCACUAAAUUAUCAACUUUAUGGCAAUGGAAAGAUUGCAACAGAUGUGCCCUCUAGAGGAAGCCAAAAUCAACUUCUUGAGAGACAGAAAGCUCAUGUUCAGCAAUUUUUAGCUACUGAAGAUGCAAUAAACAAAGCUGCAGAAGCUAGGGACAUGUGUCAAAAGCUCAUAAAACGCUUGCAUGGAAGUGGUGUAGUUUCAUCUCAUUCACUUGGUGUUGGUGGCACAUCACAGAACAUUGGCAGUCUCAGGCAAUUUGAGUUGGAGGUUUUGGCCAAGGAGAGAGAAGCUACUGGACUGAGGGCAAGCUUGAGUACCUUGAUGUCUGAAAUCCAACGGUUGAAUAAGUUGUGUGCAGAGAGGAAAGAGGCUGAAGAUUCUUUGAGAAAGAAGUGGAAGAAAAUUGAAGAGUUCGAUGCACGCAGAUCUGAACUUGAAGCCAUAUAUACUGCGCUACUGAGGGCUAACAUGGAUGCUGCUGCAUUUUGGAAUCAACAGCCAUUGGCUGCAAGGGAAUAUGCAUCAAGUACUAUCAUUCCAGCAUGUACAGUUGUUGCAGAUAUUGCAAACAAUGCAAAAGAUCUUAUUGAGAAAGAAGUUGAUGCCUUCUCUCGGAGUCCUGAUAAUAGCCUGUACAUGCUUCCUUCAACCCCUCAGGCGCUUUUGGAGUCCAUGGGUUCUACUGGAUCUACAGGACCUGAAGCUCUUGCUGCUGCUGAAAAAAAUGCUGCUUUAUUGACAGCAAGAGCUGGUGCUAGGGAUCCAUCAGCAAUUCCAUCCAUAUGUCGUGUUUCUGCUUCUCUUCAGUAUCCUGCCGGUUUGGAGGGUUUUGACGCUGGUUUGGCAUCAGUGCUGGAGUCGCUGGAGUUCUGUUUGAAACUUCGUGGCUCUGAGGCUAGUGUAUUGGAGGAUUUGGCAAAGGCGGUCAAUCUUGUCCGUAUACGACAGGAUCUCGUUGAAAGUGGUCAUGCAUUGUUAAACCAUGCAUACCUUUCUCAACAAGAAUAUCAAAGGACUACAAAUUAUUGUCUGAGUUUGGCCUCUGAGCAAGAGAAAAUUGUCACAGAGAAAUGGUUGCCUGAACUUAAAACAGCUGUUUUGAAUGCUCAGAAGUGCUUGGAAGAUUGCAAAUAUGUGAGAGGUUUGCUUGAUGAGUGGUGGGAGCAACCAGCAUCUACAGUUGUUGACUGGGCUACUGUUGAUGGGCAAAAUGUUGCUGCUUGGCAUAAUCAUGUUAAGCAACUUCUUGCAUUUUAUGAUAAAGAACUCUUGUGAAUUAGAUAUCUGUGUACCAAUGGUACAGAAAUCUUCUUAUAAUCAUCCGAGUUGCCCAUACCCACGGUUGCGCAAAUGCAUAAAAUUACUUGAAUUGGCACCCUGUGGAUCAUGGGAUAUGCUUGGCAACAAAAGACAUCUUUGAGGGUAUCUUUCAAUUUGGUAUGCAGGGUGAGAGGUGGUUGGAUGCAUUUGAUGGAAGUCGAGGCAUCUUCCAUCAUGGGUAGGGGGAGAUGGUGGUUAGGCAUUUUCCAUUUGGGAUGCAUGUCAAGGCAUUAUCCAUUGGUUCCAUUAUUUAGAAAAUAGAGAGGAGAUGGGGCAAGGAUCUCGAAUGCCUGAAGUUGAGGUGUUUACAAAUGGUUUUUUAUGCCUCACUAAUUUUGUAUAGAAUGGAUAUUCAAAUUAAUUCUUGUAUGAUAGGUCAUGUAUCGUUCUUGGGUGGCGAGUGGGUUUCUUGUGUAUUGUUGUUCACUAGUUUGAUGCUUUUGAAUAUUGCCCAUCAAAGGGUUGUAAACCUGCAAUUUGUAUUUGUAGCUUAAUCUGCUUCGCUCGACCUUUAAUUGAA